CAAGUUGGCUUACCUUGUUGCAAUGUUCAGACAUCUCAUGAGCUCAAAACGAGAUAGUUCAUGAGCCGAACUAACACAAGCCACCUAAUCGAGCUAGUUCACGAGCCUCAUGAGCCGAACAAUGUCGAGAUCAAGCUCGGCUCGUUAAUAAACGAAUCAAACUUUUAUUAAAUCGGACGAGCUUUUAUCGAGUUCGAGACCGAGCUGUAUGCGAAUAGCUUGGUUCGUUAACAACCCUAAAGUUUAGUGACCGGUUUUGUAAUUGACCCGGGUUUUGGGUAGUGGGAGCCCUUGGGGGCUUUUCAGUGUUUGGGGGCUUUUCAAUCCUAUACUGCCUCACCAGAGCUUGGGUUUCCCUCCGCCGUCUCCAAUUCCCUCUAUCCUCACAAGCUCCUCCUCAAGGAAGAGUAAGGGAAAACAAUCCCUUUUCGCAACCUUUUCCUCAAUUUCUUCCUCCCCUGUAUCUGAUCUUUCACUCUGAUGCCCUCUUUUCGAUUCAGAUUCGUGAGCAAUUUCAAUGGCUUGAGGUCGCCUCGCUUUCCGCUAUCGUCCCUGUACGUUUUCCCCCCUUUCGUCCUUUUCAAUUCCCUCCCUCGCCAUUUUCUUCUCUUCAUUUCAAUGAUAGCUGCUGCAACUUCUCUGUUGUUUCUGCGGUAUUGGGUUAGGCUCUGUUCCUUCUCCGACGCGGCGUUCUGCUUCAGCCCACAAGAGCAGUAAGUCGAGCGAGAGAGAAAAAGCUUGGUGCUUUUGAUGGGAUCUCACUGAUAGUUUGCUAAAUUUCGUGUCUUUUUGUUUGAUUAUCAACUUUUACAGAUGCAACGAAGAGAGAUGAUGAUGAUGAUGAUGAAAGUUGCUGCCUUUGGAUUUCCUUUUCCCCUCAUUGUCCCCAACUCUUAUGGUCCUGACUGUAAGUAAGUAAGUAAUCUCUUCCAUGCUCUUAUGCUGCUUCCUGGACUCAAAUUCUGAUCAUAGUAUAGAUCAUGAGAUUUCAAUGUGAUCCCUUUGUAGCAUAGUUGAGUUGAGAGUGGAGUCCGAUAUUGAAAUCCAAGUAAGGUUAUCUGCUGCAUUUGCAUUGGAGACUGAUAAUUGCAUGACUGGUUUGGUUAGCUAUAGAAAGCAGUUGGUUCCAUUGUGCUUAAAUAAUUUUGCAGCUUGUAGUUUAGAAGGAGACAUAACCUGUGCAUCUGAUAUAUGUGACAGGUUCUAGCAGAUUGGAUGUAUGUGUUGGCCAUCGCUCUGGCGGUACUGAUUUUAUCUCUGGUCGCUAAAACGCAGAACUUGUAAGCCCUCAGAUUCUGCUCAAUGUUAUGUACUUUGUAUUUUUCGGUAUCCAAAAAUACUCAUCUGAUUAUGGCAGUUCAGGUUAGAAUGGAGAACUUACGUCUGAUUGCUACUUCUGAAUCUGUUCAGUCAGGUUUGCUUCAUUUGCAUCGAAUUCUGGGUCGGCCUCUCAGCUUAGAACAAACAUUUCAUCGUACAGGGUCAAUGUGGUACACAACCUAAGUCUAAAUCACUUUUGCUUUGACUUGAUUUUACCUUAUUAGCUUUAGCCCUUACGAGAUUGACUGUCUGCUGCAGAUGAUUGUGACUUGCUUGUGUAUAUGGGCUGUUGAUUUCUCAGGAGACACGCGAAGACAGAAACUUAUGGCACUAGCUUGGUAGGAUUUAUCAUACCCUCACAUAUUCAUAUGAUAACUUUUUAUGUUUGAUGUAAUUCUGCUUGCUCAUUGAUUAUAAGUGUUCUGUGAUUCUUCUAGAUUGACAAAUUCCCUAGUGUCACGGGAAGCUGGGAAAAACUCAAAGCUACAUUCAAACUAUUGCCAAACUCAACUGCCAAACUCAGCUACCAUCAUUCUUAACUUCAAAGAUGAUAAAACUAGAGGAAAAGCGGACAUGUGUUACUGAUUUUCUUGUCCUUGGACUUGAUUGACACCAUUUGCCCCCUGCUCUCCAGCUUCCCCUUGCGCUCCAUCUUACGCCAGCUGUGCCGCCUGCGCUGCCUCUGCCGCUACCGCCAGCUCCGCCCUACCUGAACCAAAUUCAUUAAAUCAGUAUAAAACAUUGAAAUUAUAGGGGCAUAAUUGAUUAUCCAAGAAUCAACCUCUCUCUUCUUUCACACACAUCGUACCUUGCAAGCUUUUCCUCUGAUAUCCUUCUGUUUUUGGCGUUCUUCUUUGCGUUGAUUUUGCUUUUCUUCUUGUCGAUGCUUGGUCGUUUGUCACCUUUCUCAUUCUUGGUAGAACCUGCCAUUGCAAGAGUUAAUAAGCUAGGGUUCUUGACAAGAGAAUUGUGUUUGCAAUUGGGGUUUUGAACGGCGGGUGUUUCUGCAAGCUGGGGAGUGAUAGCGACGAUGGGUACUGUGUUCUCACUUAUAACACAAGGGUGAAUUAGGGAAAACAAGGUGUGUGUUUGUUGCCUCUUCCAAAUUAGGGAAAACAAUAUAAAUAUGAGAAAACACUGUGGAAAAUGGAAGAGGCAACAAACAGACAUCUUGUUUUCCCUAAUUCACCCUUGUGUUAUAAGUGAGAACACAGUACCCAUCGUCGCUAUCACUCCCCAGCUUGCAGAAACACCCGCAGUUCAAAACCCCAAUUGCAAACACAAUUCUCCUGUCAAGAACCCUAGCUUAUUAACUCUUGUAAUGACUGGUUCUACCAAGAAUGAGAAAGGUGACAAACGACCAAGCAUUGACAAGAAGAAAAGCCAAAUCAACGCAAAGGACGCCAAAAACAGAAGGAUAUCAGAGGAAAAGCUUGCAAGGUACGAUGCGCGUGAAAGAAGAGAGAGGUUGAUUCUUGGAUAAUCAAUUAUGCCCCUAUAAUUUCAAUGUUUUAUACUGAUUUAAUGAAUUUGGUUCGGGUAGGGCAGAGCUGGCGGAAGAUGGAGCGCAAGGGGAAGCUGGAGAGCAGGGGGCAAAUGGUGCCAAUCAAGUCCAAGGAUAAGAAAAUCAGUAACACAGGUCCGUUUUUCCUCUCGUUUUAUCAUCUUUGAAGUUAAGAAUGAUGAUAGCUGAGUUAUAUAUGAUUCCACAUGAUUAGUUUGUAAGAUAAUUAUGAUGAAAGUAAUGGAUGAUUUUAGGUCCAUCAAGGUUACUGAAAAUAAAUCAAUACUAAGAAGAACAUUUCUUUGCUAGCUAUUAGCGAGUUUCUACAAUUGUAAGUGCUCUUCGGAAGAAAAACCAAAUGAAUGUCAAAGAUCACCAAUCAAUUAACUUGGUUUACCUGACCUAUUUGUACUCAGGGCUGCAAAUGAGUGGAGCUGUUCGCGAGCGGCUCGGCUUUCGACUCAAGAAAAGUUCGUUCAAAACUCGGCUCGUUUAUUUUUCUUCGCGAACCUCAGUUGGAAGAUUAGCCCACGACAUUGUGCUUUUCUAAGGUGAAAGGAAAAUGGCUCGUAUAUUUAUAGAGAGAAAUGAAAACUAGUUCGUCUCCUUCUUGGCUUCGGAAUGAGUAAUACGGAAAGGAAAAGGCCAAAAGGGUUACCAUGAGAAGAAAGUUCUUUCUGUUCCCGUUCCCGUUCAUGAAAGUUGCAGAUCGUAUUUCCCGCCAUUUCUCCGGCGCUCAACGGAUUCGAAACUUGGUUCAAUGCCUCCACCGCGAACCGGCUCCAGGAGUCGGCGGCGCAUGUCUGACGGAAGACACAUGCGGCAAAACUCUGGACGAAUUCCCAGACCUCGCAACGUUGAGGAAGUUGCACUCCAUGAUCUUGGUUGACCACAAUCUACGCUCGAAUCCUUCGCUCGGGAUCAAGCUGAUGAGGGCCUACGCAGCUUGCGGCCGUCCCAGAGUCGCACGCCAUGUGUUCGACGAAAUCGCCGACAAGAAUGUCGUCUUCUUCAACGUCAUGAUCAGGAGCUACGUCAACAACCGCCUUCACCGGGAGGCUCUGGCUGUUUACCACAGCAUGUGGAGUCUCGGAUUCGCUCCCGAUCACUACACGUUUCCUUGCGUUCUGAAGGCGUGUUCAGGGUCUGAUGAUUUGCGGCUCGGGGUUCAGAUUCACGGCUGCAUUGUUAGAGUCGGGCUGGAUUCCAAUCGGUUUAUUAACAACUGUCUGGUGGCUGUGUACGGGAAGUGCAAGCGCUUGAAGGAUGCCCGCCAAGUGCUUGAUGAAAUGCCCGAUAGAGAUGUGGUCACGUGGAACUCCUUGGUCGCUGGGUAUGCUCAGAGCGGACGGUUCGAUGAGGCACUGGGUUGUUGUAGAGAGAUGGAAGCUGCCAAAAUGAAACCUGAUUCUUCCACGAUGGCUAGCCUCUCGCCUGCGGUGACAAACACAUCGCAGGACAACGUGUCCUAUGUUAAGGACAUGUUUACGAAGAUGGCGAACAACAAGAGCUUGGUUCCUUGGAACGUGAUGAUUUCCGUGUACGUGAACAACUCCAUGCCUAAUGAAGCAGUCGAUCUGUUUUCGCAGAUGGAGGUGCAGGGCUUGGAACCUGAUGCAGUCACUAUAUCCACAGUUCUCCCAGCAUGUGGAGACGUUUCAGCUGCAUCGUUAGGAAGGAAAAUCCACGAUUAUGUAGUACGAAAGGCCCUCCGUCCUAAUCUGCUUCUGGAGAAUGCCCUGAUCGAUAUGUACGCCAAAUGUGGGUGCUUGAUUGAGGGAAGAAAAGUGUUUGAUGAAAUGCAGGUUCGUGACGUUGUUUCAUGGACCUCGAUGAUCUCUGCUUAUGGCAGAAGCGGUCAAGGGGAUCAAGCUGUCCAGCUCUUCUCACAAAUGCAGGAAUCCGGUUUGAAUCCUGAUUCGAUUGCAUUCGUUUCAGUUCUGGCUGCUUGCAGUCAUGCAGGAUUAGUGGAUAAAGGGAUGUACUACUUCGAUCUAAUGGCUGAGCACGGGAUACCGCCUAUGGUGGAACAUUAUGCUUGUGUUGUAGAUCUUCUGGGGCGAGCUGGGCGAAUAGACCAGGCGUAUCGGUUCAUAACGCAGAUGCCUAUGGUGCCAAGUGAACGAGUUUGGGGGGCACUUUUAUCUGCAUGCAGCGUCUAUUCCAACAUGGAUGUUGGGCUCCUAGCAGCUGACCAGCUCUUCAAACUAGCUCCCGAGCAAUCAGGCUACUACGUGUUGCUAUCCAAUAUCUAUGCCAAGGCUGGCAAAUGGCAGAAUGUGGAUAUAAUCAGAUCAGUUAUGAUGAGCAAAGGAAUCACAAAAGUGCCAGCGAUUAGUAAUGUUGAGAUUGAAGGCCGAGUUCAUUCGUUUCUCGCUGGUGAUCGGUCUCAUCCACAGUCCAAGGAGAUCUACGAGGAGCUCGAUGCCUUGGUUGGGAAGAUGAAGGAGUUGGGUUACACUCCAGAGACUAAUUCUGCUUUACAUGACGUGGAGGAAGAGGAUAAAGAAGGGCAUCUGGUGGUUCAUAGUGAGAAGUUGGCCAUUGUGUUCGCUCUUCUGAAUACUAAGCCUGGGAUGACGAUCAGAAUCACCAAGAAUCUCCGUGUUUGUGGGGAUUGUCAUGUUGCUAUCAAGCUGAUGUCCAAGAUCACUGGACGUGAGAUCAUUGUUAGAGAUACCAACCGCUUCCAUCGUUUCUCCAACGGAAUCUGCUCUUGUGGAGAUUACUGGUGAAGAAGGUGGCGAUUUUGUCAUCAGAAGGCGACUGAACAGCAGUUCCUAGUUCCGGUUGCUUGGAGAGUUCAUGUCAAGUGAUGGACUACAGGAAAAAACGGAGGGACCGUAUUUGGUUGGGUCGCAGGCAGCCAGCUCCAAGCCUGGAGCAGCUGUGAAAUCGUGUGCAUUCGAUGAAAUAAUUGGGCUUAGGCCAGAUGUGAAGUGAUUUCAUAAUGCACAGCAGCCCCAAACUAACAAGUACAAGCUGCAAGCACGAAUAAACAAGACAACACUUCAAUGGUUCAUCAAUGCUCCCCAACAAUGGCCAAUCGAAUUGUAAUCGUAUCGGUGUUCUUCUGCUGUAAGUGCAAGACUUCAAUCUAUCAACAGUCAUGGCAGCGCUGCAGAUCAUUCAAAGAAUGGCUUAUUGGCUUACCAGCACCGAUAAGGUUGGCAUGAUUUACCCCACUAGUAGGACUAUUGCAUUUCCAAGUCAACCAUUCAGAAAUCAGCCUCCAUCCUCCAUUUCACCUUUCCUAAUUUAUCAAAUGCAAGUUGCUCAACCUUUGCUGUACUUUGAUUGGUCAACUCCAAUAUCCUCCCCAUCUUCAUAAAUGUCCUUGCACGACCGUAGUGCAUACACAUUCAGCGCCAUUGCAUAUGCAGUUGCUCUCUUUGAACUUUUCUUCGGUCUUCUAAGCUGAAUUGUUCUCCCAUUCUCUCUGUCGCCCACUGCUGGGAAAAAAAAAAAAACAACUAUAUUUUAGUUAUCUGAGGGGGUGAAGUCAGCGAAAUCAGACCGUCUGAUCACACCCACC